AAUCGGCGGACAGUUCCGGUAGAGGGUUGACAUUGGUGGAAGCUGUGGAGAGUCACAGCGUGUUAUGGGGACUGUGCUGUUCGCUCUCUGACUGGGAGAAAUCUGCUGUUUAACCGACAGAUCAACAUGGCCUUUUCGUGGAUGCUUCCGAAGAUACCGGUGGCGGCGGCGGCAGCAGCAGCUCAGUGCAGGUCUUUCAGUGUGUCAGCAGCGGCAGCAGCUAUUCAGAAGUUGACCCGAGUAAGAGUGGUCGACAACAGCACUCUGGGAAACACCCCCUAUCACCGCCCUCCUAAAGUGAUCCACGUCUACAAUAAGAAUGGAGUGGGGAAAGUGGGAGAUGUGGUUUUAUUGGCCAUUAAAGGACAGAAAAAGAAAGCGCUGAUUGUGGGACACAAAAUGCCAGGAAAGCGAAUGACGGCUCGCUUUGACUCGAACAACGUGGUUCUGAUCGAGGAUAACGGAAACCCCACAGGAACCAGGAUUAAAGCCCCCAUACCCACACACUUACGCAGACUGGAGGGGGAUUACUCCAAAUUACUCGCUAUCGCUCAGAGAUUCGUAUAACUGUGUGAGUGCUGUGUGUUAUUGCAGUGUUACAGGAAUGAUGUCAGAUCUUCUUCACCAAUUAUGCUUCUGUAUUAAAGUAUUUGUUGUGAUAAAAAAAAAUAUAUAUAUAUAUAUAUAUAUGUAUAUAUACUGAAAUUAUUUCAUGGGUUUAUUUGAAAUGUCGUUGCUGUCCCAUGAAAAAAAAACGUUUCCAUUUGUCAUUUUUAAUUUACUGUAUAAUUUAAAAAACCCAAACUUUUCCUUACACUGUGUCAAUAUUUCUGGAUUAAUGGACCAAUAGAAAUUCUUCAGAAUCACCUGAAAUGAACUAUUUUUACAUUGACCUCUGUUGAAAUUAAGAAGUUUUGUCUCUUUCCUGUAAAGUUGUUGUUUGGAUAUAAAAAUGUUAAAAAUGCUGUCAAACAAUGAGUGUGUUUACAUGCACUUUAUAUUUAUGAUUGCUUAUUAAGAAGAACAUCAGUUUAUCACUAAUCUGAUCAAUGAUUUUACUUUAACUUGGGUAAUCAGAUAAUGGGAAAACUCUGAGCUUGCAUGAAAUCAGAUUUUUGCUUUGCAACCAGCCAAUAAAUUAACAGAAUAAACUGAUUUAAAUAUCACAUAAAACCCAAAA